UUGAAAACGACACCGUAUGCCUUCUUUCUUCUUCCUCCGAUCCCAAUCCAAAACGAAACCAACGUAACAUACUCACCGCUACCAUUUCCACAUCGCAUGAAUCUCACUCUUAAUUUCAAUCCCUAUUAAGAAAUUCGAAGUAGAAAUGGAUGACAAAACGCAGCCUCUCAACAAGAAAAACGACGAUGACGAGGAAGACAAAGUAGUCGCUGAACGACAAGAGCCCAAUCCACCAGCUGCCACCGGAGGCUGGGGAUUUUCGUCCUUCUCCUUUCUCUCCGAUCUUCAGAAGGCCGCUGCCGUUGCCGCCGAAGAGAUCUCUCGCAAUGCUGCUGCAGUUGCAGAGACAGCUUCAAAGAGCUUUGCGGAGUUGCAUGACGGUGCUGAGGAUUCAGAACCAGAGAAAGAUGCUGCUGGAGAAUCUCCUACUGAAAAGGAAAGUGAUGAUGAGGAUGACAAAUUGAGAAAAUCUGCGCUGGAUAAAUUGGAGAAAGCUAGUGAAGAUUCAUUACUUAGCCAGAGCUUGAAGGUUUUUGAUAAUUCUGUUGAGACAUUUGCUUCUGGAGCAUGGACUGCCUUGGGAAACGCAUGGAGAGGGAGCACUGAAUUGGUUCAGAGGCUUGAGAAUUCAGCAUCAAACCUUGCAGGAUCCGUACAACAAGGUGGGCCUCCAGGUUCUAAUGCAACUUCCCUAUUAGAGACUGGAAAAGCUUUUACUGCAAAGGGAAUGCAAGUGCUUGAAUAUGUUGGUAAGGAGACGAUGGACCUAUUAAUCAGUGAAACUGGAAUUGAUGUUGAGAAGCCUAAUACAGAAGGUGGAGAACAAAAAGAUGAGGAUCAAUUAUUAGAGGAAGUGACAUUUGAUCGAUGCUUUUACAUUUAUGGAGGUCCGGAGCAGUUGGAGGAACUGGAAGCUCUGUCUAGUCAUUAUGCCCUGUUAUUUAACCGAAGAAAAGCGAAGUUAUCAGCAGAGCAAAAGUCUGUAUAUGAUGGGAAACUUAAAGAGGUCCAACAAAUUUUUAAUUUGAGUACUGAAAUGGACGGAAGCAGUGCUGAUUUAAACAAAGGAAAGACAGUAAAGAGAGAAAAUGAAGGAAGCGGUGAUGAGAUGAAGAAUUUACAUGAUUCAAAUGUCAACAAGGCUGCUGAAAUGGCUGCAGGUUUUACGAAUGUGUUGGCUGGGCUAGCUGUUAAUGAUAUAAUUCAGAGAACUACUGGAAGAUUAGAAUCUCUUCAUUCUGAGGGAGUUCAUAGACUAUCUGAAAUGUGCUGUUUUUCAGUUUCUCAACUUCUAAUGCUUGGCAAAUCCAUCAUUUCUUGUGCCAACAAAAUCGAGGAUGGAGAAGUUGAUAAAGAUAAGGUGAACAUUGAGUGGCCUGAAGAUGUUUCUGCCAAAGCCAAGAUCAUAAGGUUAAAUGCCCAGACAAUGAUAGGAUACGUGGAAGCAGUUUCGAACAGUUUUAUUACAGGCAUAUCUGAUGUAACCGAGGCCUAUCAAGCUGCCAUUAAAGUUGUUACUACUCCCGCCGAGACUCGUACAGAUUCUCCCCAAAAAUCGGUCCCGGAAAAAGCCACCACUUUCUCUGAACACCUUCGAGCUGAUCAAGCCACAGCAAUAAGCAAAAUCCAGGACGGGUUGCAGUUUCUUGCACACGUAGUCAUCUCAACCUCCAUGAAUGCUGCUUGAGAACCCCCAUGUUUUUAUUUGUAAAUAUUCACGGUUUAAUUCGAUAAGAGACACCAUUCCACUAUGUUCAUUGAACUCGGUUCACUCUUAGCCUAGUAUCUGUACCUGGACAAAUUUGUCCUUAUAAAUUCAUUCGAACAGCAUUUUCUUUUUUAUUCUUUAAUUUAGGGAUUUUAGAAAUGCUCACUGUUCAUCAAUGCGCUUGAGGUACGUGAUUUAUAUAAUCAUGUAAUAAAAUGGUACAUUAACUAUAUGUGUAGCCGCUACAUUUGGAACUCGCAAGCAGUUUUUAUUUGGAA